ACUAUAUCUGCGUCAAGCAAAUCCAAUGCCUUCUUAAUUCCGCCUUUGAAGGUCCUUAUGCCAUUAAUGUUCCAAGUGACAAUCUUCAUGUUCUCGUAAAAAAUGAUCUCAGAUUCGUGAACUGAAGACAAAUAAGAUGUAUUUCAAGAUGAACCAUAGAACUGUUUCACAUUUCGUCCAUGCACCGCGCUCACUGGACUCGGCAUUCACGCGAGAUUUCCAGCGGAGAAACUAAAGAUUUUACAGGAAGUACCAGCCCCAGACAUGCGCAGUACGUAGAUGUUGUAGUACUAGUCGCGCUGUAGCCGUGGCAAAGAGCUGUGAAUGAGGAGCUCUGUAUAGUCUCUGGCAGAGACCUUCUAUGUAGAAAAUCUCUGGCUGUUGGCUGUACUACAGAACUGUGCGCUGUACACAUAGUGUCCCUUUUUCUGCAGAAGCCCCCUGCCCUUAACGGCCUCAGUACUACCUUUAAGGAGCCUCACCAAAUGGGACGUGCAGCUGUUUAAAAGCAUCUAUCUCUUUGAUCUGAAUCCUCUUUGAACAAAGAGAGCCCAUGCAGGGUGCCAGGCUGCUGGCAGAGUGACGGUGGCUGUGGGAUCGGCGGUGGGGCAGCAUGCUGGAGGACGGGGAGGCAGAGGGCGGGUCCCUGCAGGCGGAGGUGGAGAGGCUGAGCCUGGAGCUCCAGGAGGCCAACGAGGAGAAGCUGCAGGCGGCGCGCUACGGGCUGGCCGUGCUGGAGGAGAGCGCCUCUCUGAAGAGCAAGCACAGCCAGCUGGAGGAGGAGCAUGAGGCGCUCAAACACGAGCUGCAGCAGCUCAGAGAGGCCCUGGCGGACUCGCUGAGCAGUCAGAAGCGGGCGGCGGCGGACGGGGAGAGCCGGGAGGAGAGCCUGCUGCAGGAGACGGCCAGUAAGGAGGCCGCCAUGGCGCAGCGCGUGGACGUCCUGCAGGGGGAGCUGCGGCAGGCCAGAGUCACGCUGGGCAACGCCCAGGCUGAGAGCGACAGGCUGGGAGCCCUGUCCACACACCUCCGCAAGGAGUGUGAGGGGCUGGAGCUGGAGAAGGCGCAGCUCCGGGAGGAGAUGAAGGAGUACAAGGUGCGGGAGCUCCAGCAGCUCCAGGACAACGGAGAACUGGAGGAGGAGAACAUCUCCCUGCAGAAACAGGUCUCCAUGCUGAAGGAGAACCAGGUGGAGUUUGAAGCGGUGAAGUUGGAGCUGACCCAUAAGGAGGAGGAGCUGGAGGUUCUGCGGGCGCACCUGGAGGAGGCGGGGCGGCUGAGGGAGAUCGCGGAGCGGCAGCUGGAGGAGGCGCUGGAGGCGCUGAAGGAGGAGCGGGAGCAGAAGAACAGCCUGCGGCGGGAGCUCUCCGCCCUGGCCGCCGCUCCCUUCGGCUCGGCCGCACACCUGCAGCUGCACCUGGAGCAGCUGGAGGAGAGCCAGGACGAGGGCCAGGGCGAGGACCAGGACAGCGGCUACAACCCCGGCCUGGCCUCCCGCUCCAACGGCCACCUGCGCUUCUCCACGCCCCGGAGCAGCGACAUCUUCCUGCGCCCCCCCGCCCCCAGCCUGGUCUCUGACCUGCUCAGCGAGCUACACCUGUCCGACAGCCAGAAGCUCCAACAGCAGCUCCUGCAGGCGGAGAUGGAUAAGGCGGCACUGGGCUCCACGGUGCAGGAGCUGCAGAUGCAGCUGCUGGUCGCCAAGGAGACGCAGGCGGAGCAGGAGGCCAGGCUGAAGAAGAUGGCGCUGCAGGUGGAUGGCCUUCAGGGCCAGCGCGGGGCGCAGGGCGCCGGCGACCAGCAGGGGGCGCUGGAGAACGGCCACGACUACGAGCUGGACGUGAACGGGGCGGAGGUCCUGGAGAGCCGCAUGCGGGCGGCCAGCGAGGAGGUGCAGAGCCUGCGGGAGGAGCUGCUGGAGGUGGGCCAGCGCUACUCCGCGCUGGAUGGCCGGUACCGGCAGGAGAAGGAGCGCUGGAGGGGCGAGGCGCUGGAGCUGGCUGAGAAGAUCCGCGCCUGCAUCAAGGCCAGCCGCCAGGACCAGGACCGCAUCGGCCAGCUGGAGAAGGAGAUCGGGGCCACGCGCAAGGUGGCCAUCGACUCGGAGGGCCACCUGAGCGUGGCCCAGGAGGAGCUGCUGGCCUUCUCCGAGGAGCUGGCCAACCUGUACCACCACAUCUGCGUCUGCAAUAACCUGACGCCCAGCCGCGUCACGCUGGACUUCUACAGGCAGACGGCGCGGGCGGGGCCGGGCGGGCGGGGCCCUCCCCCGCGCAGGCGCUGCUCCGGGGACCUGCUGGGGAAGAGGCUCUCCACGGACACGGACAGCAGCGGCAGCAGCGAGUCGCCCAUCAGCACCGCCGCGGGCAGCUGCCCCAGCUCCCCCACCCUGGACUUCAGGGACCCGACCAACGUGCGCAACCUGGUGGCCGUCAUCCGCAGCCAGAUGAAGCACCUGCAGGGGGCAGUGGACCUGUGUCGGCAGAGGGGCUCUCUGCCCGGGCCGUCGGGGAGAGGCCUGGGCACGGCCGAGGCAGACCGUGACGCCGAGGCGCUCCUGGAGGAGGUGCUGAAGCUCAAGUCCCUGCUGAGCACCAAGAGGGAGCAGAUCGCCACGCUCCGCACCGUGCUGAAGGCCAACAAGCAGGCAGCGGAGGUGGCUCUGACGAAGCUGAAGACCAAGUAUGAAGCGGAGAAGACUCUGGUGUCGGAGACGAUGGUGAAGCUGCGCAACGAGCUGAAGGCCCUGAAGGAGGACGCCGCCACCUUCUCCUCUCUGAGAGUCAUGUUCGCCAGCAGGUGUGAUCAGUACAUCACUCAGCUGGACGAGAUGCAGAGGCAGCUGGCGGCGGCGGAGGACGAGAAGAAGACGCUGAACUCCCUGCUGCGCAUGGCCAUCCAGCAGAAGCUGGCCCUGACGCAGCGGCUGGAGGACCUGGAGCCGCCCUACCCGCCCGGCUCCAGCGCCAGCAGCCCCCGCCGCUCCCGCGCCAAGCAGCUGGGCGCCGUCAAGACGGGCCGGGCCCCAAGGAGCCCCCGGGGCAGCCCCGUGCGUCCGCUGGGGCCCAGCCCACGCGGGAGCCCCGGCAGGGCCUCUGGGGCCCCGGGCGUGGCCCUCAGCACCGCCGUGGGAGGAGCACACAUCCGCACGCUCGUGCGCAACCUGCACCCCAACACCCGAUGAACACAAACUCCCAUCAUCCCUCACGUCUGCUGUCCUUUCUUCAUGUCGUCUGCACAAAUACCCCCCCAACCGCCCACCGCCCUGAACCCCCAACCCUGAGACGUCCUGUCCGUCCCAGACCUGAGGCUUCAUCGCAACUCCUCAAAAGGACACUGACGAUGUCAAGCAGCAAUGGGGGUUUCUCGCCCUCUUGCCAUGUUUCAGAAGAGGGCAGACAUCCAUGGUUAUAAAUUACACUUUACUGGGAAGGAACAAUCUCCAGAGCAUGACCGUUUCUAAGAGCUUUGUUGAUUGAAUAAUAGACCUUUUUAGUAAACUGAGAUGGGAACAAGUGUUAAAACGCUCAGAAGGAUCUCUGCAAAUGAAGGAUCUCCACAGGUGAAGAAUCUCUAAAAUGGCUGCCUGCCAGCGGUAGUGAAAUUGCGUGGGUUUGAGUAAGAUGGAGGAUUCUGCUGCCCCGUGACCGAUUCCUGCCCAGCCUGUUCCCACGGAGCAGUGACCCCAGUGUGACAGUAUUGUGUGUUUCACACUCAGCGUGCAGUCGGUAGAGCCAGGCACACCUGAGGCUGGGGGAGGCAGUGGCUGGUCUGAUCGUUGUUUUCUCACGCCCUCUUGUCGAUUCGCUCCCUUUGCCACCGCAGUAGCAGGCUGAUUGGAGGGGCACACAACCCUUUUCUAUUCAGGGACAUGAAGCACAACUGACACUGCCUCGUUUGUUUGUGCUUGCGUGGGUUCUUCUCUGCUUCAGUUCUACGUUCUGUGUUCUGCCAUGACUGCCAUGACUGCUACCGAUACUCGCCGUUGGUGUAUGUUAUUAACUGGAAAUCAUUCUUUCGAGCGAGUGCCGUCGAAGGAAACCCAGGCCCUCUUGCGCAUUCUGCAGAAGCCUGCCACAAACAGCCUGCCCCCUAGUGGCAGCAGAGAGAUUUCACCCCAUGGAAGCCCAUUGCAAAAUAUCAACAUUGAAUGGGGGGAAAAAAAGUAUCACAUUCUGGGUUUUUGCUGUGGAAAUAUUUACUUUAAAGUAUAUUCAUGUAAUCCAUAGAGUAAAUAUAUCUUUACAGCAAUCAGAAAGUUAUGUCAUCUCUAUACGUUUCAGUUAAAGGCUACGGAGCCCUCCCUAGACACAACCGCACGCUCAGUUUUGCAAAAUCCAUACAAUCAGUUUUGCAGUCUGCGUGUUCGGAUUGCCUUCACAAUACCGAGGGUACUGAUCGGCAAACCAAACGCGCGGAUUGCGAAACUAAGAGAACAGAUUUCAAUUGUAUUUAUUUUUUUACCUAGGGUAUCUAGCGGGGCUCUGUAAAAGGCUAAUCGGAGGUGAGCUCCUCAAACAAUGAAGGCACAAUUUCCUUUCUCUCUGACUUGCAAUAAUGAGCCCAGAGUGUAACCAGAAAUAUAUCUUAAUUUCAGAAUUUGCUAAAUUGUAAUGGAUCUCUACGGGGAGAAAAUCUUACUGCUGGCUGCCUCUAAGGCAGGGAUCGGAAACUCACGGUCCUCGAGGGCCAAAAACUGUCAUCUGAGAGUCGGGUGUGAAACAGUGGCCAAUCAGCAGCACUACUUACCCGGGAGAAGAAACCCAGACAGGAGCAGCACCUCCGGGUCAGUCGCUCUGGACCUGCACACUGCUGCCCCCUGGCCCCUGUGUGUCACACUGCACCCUGCUGCCUCCUGGCCCCUGUGUGUUACUCUGGACCUGCACACUGCACCCUGCUGCCUCCUGGCCCCUGUGUGUCAGUGCACCCUGCUGCCUCCUGGCCCCUGUGUGUCACACUGCACCCUGCUGCCUCCUGGCCCCUGUGUGUCACUCUGGACCUGCACCCUGCUGCCUCCUGGCCCCUGUGUGUCAGUGCACCCUGCUGCCUCCUGGCCCCUGUGUGUUACUCUGGACCUGCACACUGCUCCCUCCUGGCCCCUGUGUGUCACUGAAGACGCUGCAGUUAGGAGCAUUCCUCCUCUGGCCCUGUACUGCAUAUCACUGGCGGCCCGCUCAGGAAGUUCAUUGAUCAGAACCACUCGGGGGCCCACAGAAGCAAUAACGGGCCUACUGAGUGGUUCGGAAGGAUUCUCUUUACAGACCGGGUCCAUACCUGCACCCAGGACCGCCCACUUUAUAUAAACGUUAUCAUAAAGGCAACACUCGAUGCCACCGAUUUUAACCUAUCAGAAUAGUGCCUUAGGUUUUGUUUUGGUGUUUUUUUGAUUCAAAGCAAACCGAUUUGGUUUAGAUAUUGUCUUCAGUGUUGGAGAGAAAAUACUUGAUGUUUUUGUGUUUGUAUCUUUGGGAUUGAACAGAACAACUUUUUAAUAUAUACCGACUGUUAUGAGUGUGUCUGCUCUGAAGUGUCAGGUUCCCCCCCCUGAUAAUCCUCCACUGUGUCUCUCAAAACCAAAUUCCACUUUGAUACUUCUGCUGUCAAAUACUUUUUAUUACACUGCAAUAUUAUGUUCUUGUAACAUAGCUCUGGAGUAACUUGAUCACCUGUAUUCAAAGAAAUGACACUGACUGUGGUACUCCUUCAAAUAGGAGAUCAGUCCGCCUAUGGAUCCAGGGACCUAUCUGAAUUUUUAUUCAUGAGUUUAAGGGUAUCUUGCAAAUAUAACAGCCUACACUAUAACCAGGACUGAUCUGAUAACAUUCCUUUAGGUUCGCACACCAAUGGCAAAUGUCUUUAUUUGAUGUCUCUUGGAAUUAAACAACGUGUCCAAGAUAACUAGAUUUGUGUAGGGGUGCUCCGUGCAUGUUUCGAUAUCCUUUUGGUGUAACUUGGUUGUAUUGACACGCAUGUAGAGUUCAUAUCUCAUGCGGAGAGGUAAGUUAUAACAUUGAAAUGGGAAAUCAUGUGGAAAUUUCCCCCUGGGUGAUUAUUUACGCAUGAAAGAACUCAAUCCCGUUCUGUGAUCAGCGCGUUCUCGCCGAAUGGGGAAAAAAACUCUGAAGCAACCGGUGGAAGGACACACCAAAGUCACUGCCAAACUGCCGUGGGUAUUUCAACAGACGACCAGCCUUCCCUGGUUUUCCAAACGGCAGCAGAAUGCUCUUGCAGGCUCCCUCACACCAGGUGCUGAACGUUGAUUUACUGCGUGGCCAACACGUCCAAGAACAAAACCGCUAUGCAAAUUGGUUUUAAAAGCCGUCGCUGUCCGUGCCAGUUAAGGAUAGGCAGGCCGCACGUUGCCUGUCGAGAGGAGAGAGUAGCGAUUCGGCUUUGUGGGACAGAGUUUAGCUGGAGCGUGCCUCAGUGCCGGCCUAGAACACUUCUUGGUCACGGUCUCCGGGUCAUUCAUUUAUAUGGACUGUUAAACCUGGCCUGUAUGCUCUAAAAAUAAAUCCUACUUUCCAACACAA